AUGUCUCAUGAUCCAUCGCCGAAGCAAACCCUCGAUGAUAGUCGCGUGGGCACUUUUGACUGCUCGUACCUCCUUCAGCGAGUGAGGAGUGCGAUGGGCCCGCAGUAUCGGUCCAAGAAUGCCUUUGAAACGGCCUGUAGAAGUAUGAUCACUCUGUGGUCCGCACUGAACUGUUCCAUGUUGAAAAAUGAUGUCUACGAGGCACUUCUUUUGCUCUGGCCGAUUUUUCUCAAGCAGGGCGUUGUGUUUUUGGCGAGUGAUUCACCCAUCUUGUGUGCACGGUCUCUUUUGGAACCGCUUGUGAUGUCUGCUUCUUCCACAUCCGUGAAGGAUGUCGCUUCGAUCAGCGAAGCAAACACCGCAUGCAUUGGGGAAAUUAUGCAACUGCUCAUCUCUGAGUUACGCCAGCGAACGAUGACGUUUUCGUCGCUUAUCCCGCCUUUGGGUUUGCUGCAGGAAUUGACAGGAAUUAUUGAGCUUCUACAGGAGUACCACCUCACAGGCAGUAAUACCACCUUUUCUUCCGCUAAAAUAGAGUUGGUAGAUGCAUACAAUUCCUUAAUUGAACGCUACAGCUUACGGUUUGUGGAAGACGUCGCUUUCCCGAGCUACUGGAAUUUGAAUUGGAGCGCAUCUUCGUCAUGCUUUCUUCUAAAUGGAGUGCACCCCACUAUCUACUUUUGCUUCAAUUCAUUAGUGGGUCUUGUGGAUUGGUGCGGGUAUCCUAUUCAAAUGGUAGAUUAUAUGCCCUGUCGUCAGAUUGUUGCCCACGUGUGGGAGAGGAGUGCAUUGGCAAUUGCCGUUGUUGCGGAGGAAAAGGAAAUCAGCGAGGUACGAAAAAAACAACUGCAGGUGGACACAAUGCACCUGGUGCUUUUUGCCCGCAUGUUUCGCAAAUUUCUGGGUGAGCGACUUUCUGGGGUGGUUUCAUCCGCUCUUGUGCGGCUUCUUGAAACGGUGGCAAGACAUGUAAGCUUGGAAACGCGUAAAGGCAGUUCUUCUCAGUCCGUAGCUGCAGCCUUUGAGACGAAUAUUUGGAAUGUGCCCCCCAUUGAACCCGCGGAGUGGAUCCAAUGUGUACGUGCCAGAGGAGGCAAAAAGACGACGAAUGCCUUCAUACCUUGGAGUGAAGACUUCAUUCGGGCGUCUCACGUGAAAGCGGCGCAAAAGCCACCCGAAGGUUGGCAGUCUAUUUCCUUUCAACAACUUUAA